UCGGAGUUCAGUUGCGCUAUGGCGAUCGUUCAGACGAGUUUGCAGUAGCGCUUACGAUUUUUAUAUAAUAUUUGGAUUUUUACGUACGAAUAAAAGGCGGUUAUACUUAAUAUACGAUAUUUUGUUGUUGUGGAACGAGUUGAGAGCGGCUAAAGAGGAGCGCGAUCACAGCUUCAGUUCAACGGCACUCAACGUUAGAGGCAAGUCGCGAAUCAAAAGCUCUCAACUCCAACAAUAAAUACGAGUAUCUGCAAGAAUUGUUGUUCUUUUGUGCAUAUCUAGUGCACAAGUGUAUAUUGUUGACAUUUUUUGCGGAUAUUGUUGUUGUGGCUGCGGUAGUGUUUUCUUUUCCGCUAUUGUUUACUAUGCCGAUAGUUCUGUACGCAUGCUGUUCGCGUUAAUCUUCCAGUAUGUGCAUGUGAAAAUUUCGAAAAAGUGGAAAUUAAAUUAAAAGUGCUCGUUUUAAUUUUUUUUAAUCCACUGCUAAAGUGAGUCUAUUAACAAGCUCAGAUGAAAAGAGCGGAGGAGGUUACAUUUGAUAUAUUCGCCAGUCGUGCUACGCUGCGUAUUCCAGUACUUGUGUUUGUUGUAUUAGCGAUACUUGCUGCAAAUGUUCUCUCCGUCGACAGCGCGCCCUCACCCAGCUCACUGCGCGAUGCUUGCGGUCAUACACUACGCCGACCUACCAGCUUCUUCGAACGCCAUUUUGACUCGACUUUCAUGAAAAACUUUUUUAAGCACUUGAUACCAUUUACCAGUUCAAUGCGCGUCAAUAUGCAAUUCUUUCUAUACAAACGGGGUUUUACAGAGUGCGGACGUGAAAUUAUAACUGAUGACUAUAAUUCCUUAGCGAUGUCCGAUUUCAAACCUGAGCAUCCAACGAGAAUUAUCAUUCAUGGUUGGAUGAGUCAGAGUAAAGGGGCUUUGAAUCGUGCCAUCAAAAAUGCUUACCUCGGUCUAGUCGAACGCGUGCCACAACCAGCUGUCGUCGAUUCCAGCAGCCACCUUUCUGCUGCGUCAGAUAUCGAUAUCAUUACCGACAGCGCGCCCCUCAACAACGACUUUGAAAAUAAAAUUGACUUUGAAAUUAACAACACCACAAAUGGCAGCAGCGGCAUCACACCAAGCGACUUCAAUGUCAUCGUCUGCGAUUGGAGUGUCAUAUCGUCGAAUGUUAAUUACUAUAGCGUUGUCGAUAUGGUAGAGGACUUGGGGCACUUGCUCGCCAAUUUCGUCAACUUUCUACACCUCCGUACUGGUCUCAAUUAUCACGAAGUAUAUUUGAUUGGCCAUUCGUUGGGCGCACAAAUUGCCGGUAGUGCUGGCAAGCAGUCUUAUCCAUUCCGCUUCAAUACGAUUUACGCGCUCGAUCCAGCUGGUCCGAAAUUUCGAGAUCUUAGCGAUGAAUACCGCAUCGAUCCCAGCGAUGCCGAAUAUGUCGAAUCCAUACAGACAAGCAGCAGUUUGGGCUUUCAGGAACCUGUCGGUCAUGCCACCUUCUAUCCCAACUAUGGUCGUGAUCAGAAAAAGUGUUACAUGUAUGGUUGUUCACACAAGCGUGCCUACCAUUACUUUGCCGAAUCAAUUACCAGCCGUUUGGGUUUUUGGGGUACACUGUGUCGGCGCGAGUCGAAUGAUGUUUGGAUAAUUUCGGACUCAGGUGCCGAAUUUCGCAUGGGUGGUGAGCCGUCUACGCCGAAGAGAGGCACAUUCUAUGUAAAGACAGCAGAUCGGCCGCCAUAUGCUUUGGGUCGGAAUGUUCAACCACUAAGGCUGGUAACUCCGGCUAUAGAUGAUGUGCACUAGAUUAACAUUUUAUAUUGAAAGCCUAUUUUAAUGCAUCUUAAAGGGGCGAAGCUUCUUGUACAUAGAGUCAAACAAUUUUUAUAAAAAUAUUUAUUAUGGCAUAAUUAAUUUUUUACUAAUUAAAAUGUAUUUGUAAAAUUUAUUUAAUGUAUAAACUAAUUUUCUUGUUUUAUUAAAUUAUAAAAAGACCUUCAGCUACACUUAUUCAAAAUAAAUGUUAAAACUU